AUGCAGCUGUCUGGCAAGUUCACCAAAUACACAUUGACAGCACGCACCAAACGAUUGAUCUACAAUCAUGAUAAUCGUAAAGUCAUCGAUGAUGAGUGGCUAAGUCGCAUCCCUCCUUCACAGUUCGAGUAUUUCAAGACGACACAUGAUCUUGAGCCAACGGUGGGAUCAUUCCUUCAUCUAGAAUCAUUGCACACUUUAAAGUUGGGAGGACUCAGGAAGAGUCUUGUUCCAGGCGUGCUGCCCAACAACCUCAAGACCCUAUCUAUAGAGUUGGACCAUCGUGAUGGUGUCAUCAACAUUGAGGAAGGGUCACUCCCAUCUUCAUUGACAUCACUCAAAUUGCUCGACUCAUUUGGAACGUUGACUCCAACUACAAUACCAUCAUCAGUGACUAAACUCACUCUCACUGGAUAUACUAUAACUGGGUCAAUUGUACCCAGACAUGUGAAGCGACUGAUAUACUCAAAUGAGGACGAAGAGUUUGAUGCCAAACUCUAUGAGCUACCUGAUUCAUUGGAGUAUCUUAAUGUUCUAUGUUAUGAGGAUGCUGAACCAAACAACAUUGAAUCUAUUGUUGGAGUGUGCACCAAGCUCAUAACACUUGAAAUGCGAUAUCGACUGUGGAGAUCUGAAGAGUUCAAGGUUGGCAAGAUACCACCAAGUGUCACAGACCUUCGCAUCUCCCUGCGAAACGUCAGAGGUGACAAUCAAUCCUUGAAUGUGAUACUACCAACCAACCUACAAAACACUGGAAGAAUAUGA